AUGAAUAUACCGGAAAUAAAACCUUAUGAAGAACAGGCGGUGGAUAUGUUGGUAUCUGUGAUCAACAGAGCCAAGGAGACUCUGGGAGUGAGACAGACUUUGAAACAGUUAGCCAAAAGUCGCGAUGUCAUGACACCUCAGGCGAAAGUCCUCUUGACAACAUUAGAAUGCCCGUUGGUCAUCACAAGCGAACAACUCCUGAGACAAACUAUAGAGAAAAAAUGGCGCUUGACCGACGUGUUUAUGUACGUGCUCAAGUACAUAGGCAGUUCAAAUGAUGAGUGUUCACAGUAUUACUAUUUUGAGGCGAUAUUCAGUCAGCCAACUGCUGCGUAUCCUAUUCCUCAAGUCACGGCUUCGGUUUUCUUCAGAGUUGAAGAUAAGCACACCGAGCCUCCGGAGAUCAGAGGCGUCCCUUUGAUGACGUUUCGUAUCGAAGGUCACCGCUCUGAUCACGAUGUUCGCUUCGUAACUCUAAUCCCUGAUUGGAUUCUCGCCGUGAUUCAGAUGAAGAUCAAAUUGUUUCGAAGAAUCGAGGAGCUCAGAAUGUUCUAGAAUUAUUUUAUUUUUUUAGCUGAAAAUAUUGUUUCAAUUUUAGUUUAAUAUUUAUAGCCAGUUCUAUGGGUUUCAUUUUUCAAUGCCUUUGUUAUAUGGCCUUAAAAAUAAGCUUCACUCAUA